UGAAAAGUAGGUUCACCGGAAAGGGGUUUUCUUGGCGCUUCUAUGACAGCCCACGCAUUUUUGCAGAGCAGCUUUCUAACAAGCAAUUAAGGUGCCAUAAUGUGGUCUUUCAUCUGCGGUCUUUAUCGCCGCUUCAUCGAAUUCAUCUUCAGCUUCCUCACCCGAAAGAGGGCUGCUAUAACCCUAGAGGACCCUAACAUAAAAUAUGCUUUGCGAUUACUGGAUAAAGAGAUCAUCAGCCAUGACACGAGGAAAUUCCGUUUUGCCCUGCCUUCUCCAGACAAUGUCCUCGGUCUUCCCAUUGGACAACACAUAUACCUGUCGGCAAAGGUAGAUGGGAAGCUGGUGGUUAGGCCGUACACACCAGUGUCUAGCGAUGAUGACAAGGGCUUUGUAGACUUGGUGGUCAAGAUUUACUUCAAGAACGUCAAUCCCAAGUUUCCUGAAGGGGGCAAGAUGUCUCAGUACCUGGAGAGCCUCCAGCUCAAUGAAACCAUCGACUUCCGAGGGCCUAGCGGUCUGUUGAUCUACAAUGGCAAAGGAGAGUUUGCCAUUCAGCCAGAGAAAAAAGCACCGGCUGUAAUCAAAAAGGCCAAGCACGUGGGCAUGAUCGCAGGAGGAACUGGGAUCACCCCCAUGUUGCAGAUCAUCACAGCUGUGAUGAAGGAUAGCGAGGACACUACUGUGUGUCACCUGCUCUUUGCCAACCAGACAGAGAAAGACAUCCUGCUUCGGCCUGAGUUGGAGGAGAUCCAGGCUAACCACUCUCAGCGUUUCAAGCUGUGGUUCACGCUGGAUAGGGCCCCAGAGAACUGGGAUUACAGCGAAGGCUUCAUCAGUGAGGACAUGGUGAGAACCCAUCUUCCUGCACCUGCAGACGACACCCUCAUCCUCAUGUGCGGCCCACCUCCGAUGAUCCAGUUUGCCGGCAACCCUAACCUUGACAAGGUGGGCCACUCCAGCAGCAGAAGGUUCACCUUCUAGAGUCCACACGCUGGAGGGCAGGGAGUCCAGGCCCAGGGCAGGGAGUCCAGGCCCAGGGCAGGGAGUCCAGGCCCAGGGCAGGGAGUCCAGGCCCAGGGCAGGGAGUCCAGGCCCAGGGCAGGGAGUCCAGGCCCAGGGCAGGGAGUCCAGGCCCAGGGCAGGGAGUCCAGGCCCAGGUCUGGAUCCUGUUCCAAAGCAUUUAAAGCGCACUUGCAGCACACUUGCAUCACUUUUGGACCAUUUGCUAGGUCAGUUUAUAUUAUCACUGAAUCAGUGUGGUGUAUAAUUUAAUCUGCUGUUUUCUCAUGUGAAGUGGAGGAUUGGAGCAUCUAAAGCAUUGUCUGAUGAGUGGUCUCUACCCUUACGUUUGUAUCCCUGACUGAACGUUAUUAUGGCUGGCAGGGAAAGUUUUGAAAGGUACAGUAUGUCCACGGUUUGUAAUGUCAACUUAUGUUGAGCGCCUUAAUGUUAUCUUUAAAUAUGGUUUGAUAAGCAGUGCACUAUGCCAUGGCUCAUUGCCUUUUAUUCCUCAUGCAAGCUGUUCUAGUGAUCAUGUCAAAGGUCAUUGCAUUGGUUCACUGCAUAAAGAAGCUACUUCGAAGGUUAA